CAAAACCCAAACAUGAACUCAUUCGUAACACUUAUUGUUGAUGAAAAAACUUCACAUCUCAGAGAACUUGUCGUAAAUCAAAAACAAAAAAGCAGCGUCCUAAAAAAAAAUAUUUCUACUUUAAGAAGUAGAAAUAAUCACUUGCCGAAAUCUGCCAAUUAUAAAUUUUGUGUUAACAAUCUUGAUAAUCAAAGAAAUGACUAUACCAUUUCUACUACACGUGAAUAUAACACUCCUAGGUAUGAAAAUAGUACUCCAAGUUCUGCAAAAUCAACACAAUCCUAUGAAAUGUAUUACUCUAAUAGGAUAUCGGAUACAAUAAAAGUUAAAAUGUGCCAAAUUUUAAGUAAACACAAAGAUGGUAUACUGUGUAUCGACUUUAUAAACGCUUUUUAUAAUGAAUAUAACAUUCAUAUUGAUUUUUUUAAAUAUGGAUUCAGAAGUAUCAGAGAUAUGGCAUACAAAUUACCAUCUAUAUUUUAUGUGAAAGUAACUGAUGAUGAUGAGAAUAAUUGUGUUCUAUUCGAAGCUGAUAGACGAAGUGAACUAGAAGAUAUCUUAGAAGAUCCAUCACUGUAUUAUAAAAAUAUUCCGAAGACUAUAUUGUAUAAUCUUUCUCAUUUCUUUAAUAAGCAUCGGAAUGGUGUGAAAUUCAAUGAAUUGAUGUCUUUAUACUGUGCAGAAUAUGGCCGAGCUUAUGAACCAUUAAAGUAUGGCUAUUCUUCUGAAAAACACAUGUUUGAAUCUUUAGACAAAAUGGUUGAAAUAGAAAAUAAUCAGCUGUUUACAAUAGAUCCUUUUGCCUAUGCAGAAUGUUUGAAAAAUAAAAAUGUAGAUGUAAUAAACCACCAAGAUAACAGUUCCAUUGUAUUAUUAAUGGCUGAUGAUUUUUUAUUGCAUUACACUGGAAAGGACAUCUGCAAUGGGAAAUUUAGGUAUUCUAAAAUUAAGUUGAACGAUCAAAAGGUAGCAAAAGUCAUAGUUUCUGAAGUGUACAACCCAAGUUCAUUUUAUAUUCAAUUAGAAGCAGAAGUCAAUAAUCUGAAUAAAUUCAUGGACACAUUGCAAGAGUACUACGAAAAAAAUGAAGAAAAAUACCAAGUUAUACCAAGGCUUAUUCUUCCAGAAUUGCCAUGUGCCUCAUGCUAUGAAGAUUCUAAUCUGUGGCACAGGGCUAUGGUUUUAAAUAUUGUUGAUGAAGAAAAUGUGAAAGAAGCUCAUUUAGCUAACUUUAAACCAUAG